GCAAGAGGGCCAGAAAGAAGUGCACAACUCACAAACACUAUUUUCACACAUUUCUAUAAUUUAACAAACGCUCGUUACGCUCCAAACUACCCACCGCCUAUCUCCCCGCCGUGCACAAGGUGUCUUGGGUCUUGUCAGUCUUCGUUUUGGACAGCCUCUCAACGUUCAUGGAGUUUUUCAUAAGUAUGUCUGAAACCCUAAAAUACAAUGAUGAUGAUCAUAAAACGGUAUUUUUAAAGACUCUAAAUGAACAACGCCUUGAAGGUGAAUUUUGUGAUAUUGCUAUUGUGGUGGAAGAUGUAAAAUUCCGAGCCCACAGAUGUGUACUGGCAGCAUGCAGUACCUACUUCAAGAAGCUUUUUAAGAAGUUGGAAGUUGACAGCUCCUCAGUAAUUGAAAUUGAUUUCUUGCGAUCUGAUAUAUUCGAGGAAGUUCUCAAUUACAUGUAUACUGCUAAGAUUGCAGUCAAAAAGGAGGAUGUCAAUUUGAUGAUGUCAUCGGGCCAGAUACUUGGCAUUAGGUUUUUGGAUAAACUCUGUUCUCAAAAGCGUGAUGUUUCCACGACAGACGAGAACCCUUCCUCUCCAAAAAAUAAAUACGCGUAUGAGACAAGCUUGAAAAUAACACGUCCGGUUGGUGGGGCUAAUGACAGUCAGGAUGAUGAUGUGGAGGAGAUUGGCGAUCAAGAUGAUAGUCCUUCGGAUGACACAGUUGGGGGCACUCCCCAGGGCCAUGAGGAGAAGUCGCCCACUGCAACACUGCGGGUACAGGAAGCAAUUCUCAAAGAGUUAGGAAGUGAGGAAGUCAGGAAAGUUAAUUGUUACGGCCAGGAAGUUGAGGCAAUGGAGACGACCGAACCAAAGGAUUUGGGCGUGCAGACCCCACAAGCCUUAACAUACAAUGAUAGCAUCAGUGAAGUAAAGGAUGAACAAGCACCCGCAUGGACCACUGCCACCGGCGACAUGAAGUUUGAGUACUUAUUGUAUGGGCACAGGGAACAAUUUGCAUGUCAGGCGUGUGGCAAAGCAUUUACAGAUGAAGCAAGGCUUAGAAAGCAUGAGAAGUUGCAUACUGCAGAAAGACCUUUUGUCUGUGAAAUGUGUGCCAAAGCAUUUACUACGCAAGCUCACCUAAAAGAACAUCUGAAAAUCCACACGGGCUACAAACCGUACAGCUGCGACGUGUGUGCCAAAUCUUUUAUCAGAGCUCCAGAUCUCAAAAAGCACGAGCGGGUACACAGCAACGAGAGACCGUUUGCAUGCCAUCUGUGCGACAAAGCGUUCAAGCACAAGUCUCAUUUAAAAGACCACGAGAGGAGACACCGAGGAGAGAAACCAUUUAUCUGUGCUUCCUGCACCAAAGCAUUCGCAAAAGCCUCUGACUUGAAACGCCACGAGAACAAUAUGCAUAGCGAGCAACGCAAGCAAGUCACAACCAGUGCCAUACAGAGCGAGACCGAACAGUUACAGGCAGCGGCCAUGGCAGCAGAAGCAGAGCAACAGCUUGAAACCAUUGCAUGUAGCUAAAUGGAUCCUGCGCAUGUGUAUUAACACUACUCUGAACCUGUAAGGCCAUCCUGACGGCCGGCUAAUGAUGUGUUUGUAUCCACGGGCUUUACAAAAGAUGGGGACAGUGAUAGUUUUAGAAAUAAAUGACGCAAUGAACUGUAAAUAAAGGAUUGGUACUAAUGAAUUUUGCUUUACAAACAAUGAAAUGUUAAUACCUACACAGAAAACAGUGGGCAUGAAUAACUGUAAAAGCCUUUUUUUUUUUUUUUUUUUUUUUUUUUUUUUUACGCCUGUGCUGUUACAUAUUUUGUGGAAGGAAAAAUGCAUCUGUAAAACCACUUUAAUAUGUAGUGGUUUUUCAGUAAUUAGUAACUAUGAACAUCUGAUUUAAGAAACAUUUUACAGAUGAAUGAGAGCCACCAAUUCUGUUUUUAUCCUGUCCGUGUGGAUGAAUGCAUAGAUAUAUAUAUAUAUACGUGGGGACGUUAUCUCCAUGUAUGCGUUUUUAUGUAUGCUAUUGUAUAUACACACAUAUAUACUUAAAAGUAUUAUGCAUUUUUUAGAAAAAAAUAACAGGAAAUAGGCGUGCAUAAGUGUUCUUUUUUAUUUUUUAAAAACAAUUAUUUUACAUGUUCAUUCUCAUGU